AUGAAUACCCCAACUGAGGAAUACGAUCCUCCAUUUUUUGUCGAAAUACGUUGCAAAAGUAUCGCUGAGUACGAACAGCAACAAGGACGUGUACCCAUUAGGCGACAAACAUGUGUGCAUGGUAUGUUACGCUGCGUGCAAAACUACAAGGAUCAGCAUUUUUCGCGUCGUCGAAUUGGCUCUCACAGUUGGCACCCAUAUACAAUUCCUAAUGUGCCAAGCUCAUGUGAAUGUAUGUGGCCAGUAGAUAAGUAUGGACACCAGGAACUUUAA